CGCAUGUUUGUCACAUCUUCAAAUAUAUAGAUGAUCGUUUCAGUAUAACCUUAUCGAAUAACAGUUUAUUUUGAACAGGGACACAUCAGUAUUGUGUAGUCGUUGCCCCUUGAUUUCGCGGAGAUCGAUACUUAUUGACGCAGCAACGACAGACAUUCCGGCAAUAAAAGUUUGAUUUCUCCCACGCAUUACGUAGCUCUGUAGGCUAAAGUGCUUCUUACCCGAUCUAGGUCAAUGAGUAGAGCGAUUAGUUGAAAAUACUUAUGCACUGCAUAAAAUAAUAAACUUUUGUUGAGCUAUGGUACAACAAGUGGUGUAAUUUGGCCUCCGAAUUUGAGCCAAGUUCUGGAUUUUUAUUACCGUCACACCAAUUUGUCGACUGUAAUUUGACCUGCAAGAGUAAUCCUCGCAAUUGAUUCUUGAAUGUGUUGUUUCUGGUUCCACAUCAAGGUAACUUUGAAAACCAAAUAAAGAUAGCCAGAUAUCGUUUUCAUUAGCAGCAAAAAUAUGUUGUUGUACUGGAUAGACGGCUUCGCUAAUAUAUCCAUAUCUCGAGGAAAUAUAUAUACAUGAAUCGAAUAUGUCAGUAGACACAUUAAAUGGUAUUAAAUUCAUUAUUUAUCCCUGUCACUUGGUUGUGCAAAUAAUGCAUGUAGAAUUGAAUUUUGAGUUAUGUAUUUUUCAUCAGCCAUGCCUACGAAAGUUUUGAGCUGGCCAAUAAUACUGACCCUCACGUAAUAGGUAUUAGUCAGUCUAAUAUAGUUAUAUACACUGAAUCACUGGGUUUCAUUUUGUCAAAAUAAGAAAUUAAUUUUAGACAAACCUGUUAAUAAAUGGGCUUAGGUAAACAAAAUGAAAACGUUUACUUUAGCACGAGUCAGUUACGUUUGCAUAACGUUAGUCAGUCAGUCAUAUUUAACGAAUAUCCCAUAUAUUUAGUGGUCAUGUUUCACGGCCAUUAAUUAAAACAACAGACUACUGCGCGGUAUACUCAUCCUUUGGCUAGGAAACUUGUACAACGAGAACAAAAUUGAAUUUGUCAGUCAAAAUCCUUGUUAAAGUAGGAUUAGGCUGGUAAAAACUAGAUAUAAGGAAAUGAAAACAUGAUACUGCACUAUAGGGUUACUAACUGUUGGUCUGAAUUACUUAAAAAAGUCCACAUUUCAGCUUAAUAAAAACAAAUGUCACAGGUAAUUACUUGACGGCAUAUCCUGAGAACAGUCACAGUAACACAUGAACCCAUCAUCUCUCUAAAUUUUGAAUGUUUCAUGACUCAUUCCUUUCUGCAUCAAACCAGUAUUUUCCAUAUCUACUUAAAUGUCCUGACAUUUUUAUUAAUUUGAUUUUGCCAUACUUUUACGUUUUGUGGUAACUUGCUCCCAGUCUCUUCGAUUCAUAGUUAUUUAAUAAUAUUUUUGUCUUAUAUCACUUAAGGUUCCCAGUGACUAGUUUUUGUUACUGUUUCAUUAACCAUUCGGAAGCUUUGAUUUCAUGCUGUAGUUAUAAGAGAUAGUCAUUGGAUUUAUUGUUGGGUGCCAUUACUUUCUGUUUUACUUUGUUCAACUACCUUAAUAUACAAAAUAAAGUGGUUUGGCGAAUGGUUGAGGUUCUAACGAUAACCACGAACAGUGGAUGGCAACGGUGGGUGAAAUGGUUUAGAGUCAGUCACAAUGACGCAGUUACAUUGACUCUUUAUCUUCCUUUAUAUCUUGAGUUCUAAUAUUCUUUUAUACAUACCUUUCCAUUCUGUCUUCUCAGACCAUAUUUUCUCAGUACCUGAUCCUUCUCGUUAUCAUCGAUAAUACGGUUAUUUCGAUUUCUUUAAUAUUCAUUUUGUUAUUUUCAUCUUAUUGUGCUGAUGUGGUAUGGCAGCCUGGGCUAAUGCACGUUUGUUGUGGGCUCUGUGUUAAUUGUGAUUGACUUGUAAGUGAGCUAACAUCUAUUUUAGACAUAUUGUUUUUAUAACUUUGGUUAGACAGUACUCUUGACUUACUAUUUGGUUUCAGGUAGAAAUUCUGCUCCUUUUUACUAAAAUUAAGACAGUUGGGUAGUAGGACUUAUAACACAAACAUGAGCUUUGAUAUUACCUACUAGAUUACACCAUUUUUAUUUUUGUCGUUUGCUUAUUUCUAGUCAGUCAGACGCAAAGUAGAAGCUGACACAUGUGUAUAUCGGUUAAAGUUCCCAUACCUUCUUAACACUGCGAUAUGAAAUGGUCAAAGCAACCCCCAGAGUAGUGGAGGUAGUAAUAGAAAAGAUUAUGUACUGAAGAUACAACUCAAGAAAAUGUAAAUUAGUGAAAUAAUUAAAAAUUUAUGAGCAAUCUAGAAACUUAUGAUCUGAGGGUAGACAAAGAAUGAAUAAAUCUGGGUCAUUGCGAACGAUUUUAAGUCAUGUUACCCAAAGUCUUUAACUAUUGCUUGCGAUAAUCAUUUGAACUGAAACUAGGUAGUUUAUACCUGUUGAAGUGGGUCAGUUCAAUUGUCAAUUACUUCAUGGACUGAUACCGUAUCUUGGUUUUGCUGCCUCUGACAUUCUUUCAGCCCAUUUUCACUCGUUCCACCAUUGAUCGUCGGGUGAGAUGUGUUUGAGCAUACAAAAUAUCCUCUCUUUAAAGUUUCUUACAUAUUUCUUAUUUUGUGAAGCUUGAAUUUAUUGGCAAAUUGUUUGCAGUCACAUUGAAGGUCGGUAACAUUUUAUUGUCAGCGUUCUUGUUGUGAGGUAACUCUAGUCAUAGUUUUUAUCUUCUUUAUUUGUAGUUCCAAUGAUUCGUUUGGCGGAUAAAAUACGUCAAAGACAAAGUGGCAUCACUUCUACAGAACCAGAUGCUGUUCAAUCGGCUUCCGUUCGAAAUGCUACUAUCCGUGAUCGUCUUGUGUUACAGGAACUGCAAGAGUUAAGGGCUAAUAUAUCCUCCCAAUGUUCAAUUCAUCAUCCCGAUCCAAACAAACUCCAUGAAUUCACAUUAAUAGUAAGACCAAAUGAAGGAAUUUGGGCUGAUGGAAGUUAUCAUUUCAAUAUUGUUGUUCCCGAAGGUUACAAUCACACUCCACCACUAGUCAAUUGUACUACACAAAUUUGGCAUCCGAAUAUCGAUGAAGCUGGACGUGUUUGUUUGAGUUUACUUCGCCAGAGUUCGCUAGAUUUCUCUGGUUGGGCACCAACAAGACGUUUGCUCGAUGUUGUUUGGGGAAUCGAAUCUCUUUUUUCGGAUCUAUGCGAUUUCAACGAUGCACUGAAUACAACAGCUGCUGAACAAUACUUACGUGAUCCUGAGGCAUUUCAUGAUACUGCACGGAGCUAUGUCUUUCGUUUCGCACGAUAA